CUUAUUGUUUACGUAGGCGUUGAGGAGGGAAGCAACAGACGAUACAGUCUACUAUGGCGGAAGGGGACGGGAGUCCCCGAACACAAGCCGAUAAGUUACGGAAUGUAUACAAUAAAAAGUACAAAGCGGAUGAAUUGGUGAAGACUGGUGUUUAUGAUCAGAGAGAUGUUGAUAACAUAAACUCCAAUGACCUCUAUGUCAGUCAAUUCAUAAGAAAGACUGAAACAAUUCAGGAUGCUGCAGAUAGGUUACAUGAGGCUCUAAAAUGGCGGAAAGAGAUUGGUGCCAGAGAUAUAUCAGAGUCCUCAUUUCCUAGAGAGUUUUGGGAGAUUGGUGCUAUGUACUUCCACGGCACAGAUAAAGAAGGCCGCAAAAUAAUAUGGCUGAAAAUUUCAAUGCACAAAAAAGACCCAAAUAUGUUGCCUAUGAUAAAAAAGUAUUUUGCGUAUUGUUUUGAGACUACAUACAAUGAGAGUCCAGAGGAUGAGAUUGUGAUGCUUUUUGAUAUGACCAACACUGGGCUUUCAAAUUUGGAUAUGGAAAUGAUCAAAUUUGUAAUUACAUCCUUUAAGAUAUAUUAUCCUACAUUAUUGGGAUACCUUCUGAUUUAUGAAAUGCCUUGGUUAUUUAAUGCUGCUUGGAAGAUUGUGAAGACUUGGUUGAGUGCAGAAGCUCAGAAAAAGCUCAAAUUUGUCAGUAAGAAUGACAUACAGGAGUACAUAGACAGAGAAAACCUACCAGAACAUAUGGGUGGUACUGAUACUUAUAAAUACAAAUAUAUUCCUCCAGAGGAAAGAGAAGCUGAAGAUAAUCAAAAUAAUGAUGCCACAAAGAAAAAGGUAACAUUUGCUGACCAGAAUUCUCCUUUGUAUCAGAGCUUUAGUGCAGAAACUACAGAUAUUAGUAACUCAAGUGUGGUUACAAGUCCUCGAAGUAACAUCAACAGGAAUGCUGGUCCUGUGAGGAGUCGACCAGAAGGGAACAGUUUUGUGGGCAGACUUCUUACCAUAAGCCCAGCAGAGGAGUUAAAGUUCAUUACAGAUGAUGGUGGAAAAGAUACCAUCUGUCUUAAAAACACACUCCCUUAUUCAAUAGCAUACAAAGUAAAGACAACUUCACCUGAAAAAUACAAAGUUCGUCCAAGUUCUGGUAUUGUUAAACCAGGUACAACGGAAAAAAUUAAUGUCCAUCUUCAUCAAGAACAUCACCAAGGAGUAGACAAAGAUAAGUUCUUGAUCAUGGCUGUCGAACUGAAUGGGGAUCCUCCUGAUAAUUUGUCAGACUACUGGAGAACUGUUCCCAAAGAAAACAUAAUGGAGCAUAGAUUACGAUGUGUCCAGAUUCGUCAAUCAGACAGCAAUACGAGUGAUUCUCCAUCCAUACUGUCAGCAGAUGAUCAAAUUGCAGCUCUCUCUACAAAGGUUGAUUCCUUAAUAGAAAGUAAUGCCAUUCUACAGAAGUCCGUGAGCCUGCUGGUACUGCUACAAGUGCUUACUCUUCUUCUGUUGGUACUGUACAUGGGGUACUCCUACUUAUACUCAGGCCCAGACACAACUACGGUUAAACCAGAAGCUGAUUUAACUUCAAACUCCACUGCAGAUAAAUACUGCUCAGGCAAUCUAUUUUGACUGGAAAAAUAAAACGUUCAAAUGAUCUAUGUGAACCCUAAUUUGAUUUGUCAUUAUCAGAACAUCGGAGAAAAGCUACAACAAAGAAGUAUGAUUUGUGAAUUUAAAAAAAAAGAGUCAUUAUAGGUUGAUUCAUCGAUAUUUUUAAAACAAUUUAUGUACAUGAAGUUAUCCUUGUAUGGUAACAAUACUGUUGCUUUUAAAGUGUACACUAAUAUGCUAUAUUGGUAUCAUUUUAUGAAUAUUUUACAAAUUUCUCUAACAAACUGUGAUAGUCCUUGUUAAUGUUUUGCGCAUUUUCUUUUUUUGGUUGUUUUUAUAUCAAAUGAAAACAAAUAGAACAA